AUGGAGGUCUUUGGUGUCAUCGCUGGGAUUCCAAGCGUGAUCACCAUCAUUCAAACCACGAUAUCAAUUGUAAAACAGUUCAGCCAAAAGAAAGUUCUCUUUCACAAUAUCGAUGGGUUGCAGCACCAGCUUGAUAGUGUAAAGAGCAUUCUGGACGAUCUGCGACGACGGAAACCUACUUCCUUUGACCAGUCUUCGCUCCGAGGCAUCACUGCACACGUCGCAGAGCUGGAGAAGCAUCUCACGGGCCUCAAUACAGUUCUCAACCGCCAGCAUGUUGCCAAGGGCUCUCUUCGGCGGUUGGCUGGUCAGCUCAAGCUUGCAGUCACAGGAUUCGACAAAACAAUAAAAGAGUAUCGAGAUGGCAUUGAAGAAACAAAGACCUCGCUCAUACUGCUACUACAAAAUGGUACACAAAACGAAAUCAGCUCAAUGGGAACGACUCAGCUACGCCUCCAGCUCGAAUCCAACUUGUCUUCUUGUGAUGAUGACUUUAUUCCCCGAAAACUUGACAGCACUUGUGAAUGGAUUUGGUAUCAAAACGAUUUAAAAAAAUGGGCAGAACAUACCCAAGGUGAUGAGCCAGACCCCUUCCGCAGGCUAUUUUGUCUGCAUGGACCUACAGGCUGCGGUAAAUCUGUCUUGUCUGCAUCCGUUGCGACCAAAUUGAGGGAGCGGGGGAAAAUUGUUGCAUCCUUCUCCUUCCGGGCCCCAUAUUCAACCCACCAAACAUUCAGGAGUCUUCUCGAAACGGUUCUAUCGCAGCUAUUGCCACACGUAUCGGAUGCUGACCUAGACCAGCUGCCGCGCCACUUCAUAGGCAGUUCGUCGCUUUCAGGGCCGAGAUUGAAGGAGGCUCUCAGUUCAGUGUUCAGGCUGGUCAAGUCUGACGUCUAUCUGAUGAUAGAUGGUGUCGACGAAGCUACAGAUACCUGGGACGAUUCCAAAACGAGCAAUCUCAGUACAAUAAUCGACUUCCUGGAACACCACCCAAAUACCCGUGUCUGGCUAUCCGGUCGCGAGAGCGCUCUACGCGCAGCCAUCAGAAAGCACCCCGCUGAAAUUCAAAUCCGCGAGGAACUCAUCAGAGGAGACAUGGAGAAAUUCAUCGAAGAACAGCUGGAUCAGUCAAAAUGCGCCCGUGUGUCCUUGAUGAGGGAUGUCAUCCGGGAAUCUUUGAAAGAAAACUGCCAAAUGAUGUUCUUAUGGGUCAUCCUCUUCUUCAAAGGCCUGAAACAAGAUGCUACCGAGUCGGAAGUCACAGAUUCCCUUAACAUACGUCUCGGAAACUUAGACGCCAAGUAUUGUGGUUUACUGAAUCAGUCCAUGAAUCGCACUGGUGGCACAUCAGCAGAUCCCUCCGUGUCCAUGAAGCGAGCAAAACGACUGUUCAGUCUGAUCAUCGCAGCGUCUCAACCCCUCACACUGACCGAGCUGGAUUGCGCGUACGCCACCGAGUAUGGAGGUACACAGUCUCCUGGCUACAGUAAACUUACGAGGGAUGGGAUAAUCGAUGAUUGCGCAGGUCUUGUCGUCGAAACAGGAGGUGAAUUUCACCUUAUCCACGCUUCUGCUGCGGAAUUCCUGACUCGCCCUGUGAACAAAUGGGGGGGUAUCAAUGGCGGGGUCGUGCACUUCAGAAUCGAUCAGACAUCCGCUCAGAAGAUGAUCUUUCAGGCUUGUGCAAAGUAUCUCAUUUCAUUGGACUUGGGUUACCCAAUGUAUGAUGAGAAUGAGGGUGACGAGAGGCUGCCUGCUAAGUACCCAUUCUUUACCUAUGCGUCAAAAUCCGUACCGACACAUCUGCUCGACGUCAUGCAUACCCCCUUCGACCCAGAGUCGCGGACUGUUCUACAGAAUUUCAUAUCAUCUACUCAAUUCUGUAGUCUUAUUGAGUUUGUGGUGCGCACCAUCGAAAUGGACUCAUGGGAUACAGUCGCCCAUUGGACGGGCCUCUUGGUCGCGUUGACCGAGCGCGAAACAUGUCCCGAUGGCGAGGCUCCGAAAGCUUCCGGAGACUUGUACUCGAAUAUCAUGACAUCCUUUGAGCAAGAACUCAACCGAAGAGCAACCCUUUUUGGACAAGACGACAGGAGAUGUCAAAAAUGGGCCUCGAUCAUUGGGUUCGCGGCUGACUUUUAUGGCUUGGACGCCAAGGUUGUCAAAACAAAUCAGGAGACCCAAUUUGGAGAGAGUUCCAUUACUGUUCCCAUGCCAAACCUUGAUAGUGCAACAAAGGGGGCUCUGAGUGCAUUACCAGCCUUCCUCGCGAAGACAGAACACAAAAGAAACAUGCUCAUCUCUGUCCAAUCGGGACGUUUCGCGCUGAGCCAAUUCCGGUCUCUCCGGUCCUUGCUAGUCCUUCGGCUCGAUAUUCUGCCAGUUCCGAUUCACAUCUUCUGGGCAUGGACCCAUUGGAGGACUAAACACGAGAACCGGCCAGCUGCCAAAUGCGCAAUGGAACGGGCUCUGUGCCGAGUAGCAGGGAAGCGAGAUUACUACGAAGGCUGGUGUCUGCUAUUAUUGGCAGUCAUGGAGAAUUGCGAUGAUCCAAAAGCACACAGUGUUGACUCUUGCCUAGCCCUUUCACUCUUGCAGGAAUCGCUCGUGGUUGCUGAUGGACUCAACUCGCAUCCGCAUACAGAGAUGUUGAUUCUCUACAUCCUCUCUUACCUCUCGAGAAUUCUCCUGUCGCACGAGAUGUGGGAUGAUGGACUGAAGAUCUCUCGUCGACUAGAGAUUUCACUAUGCAAUAAUGAGUUUGCUCAGAAAGGUCCUGCAUGGUGCAAAAUUAUCUACCAAGGAGAAAUGUGGAGUCGCCAAGCACUAUCACUUCUGAGGUAUCAUUCAAUUGCUUUGCGGAAUGCUAAGCGGUUUGACGACUCUGAACGAAUAAUCCAGUUCGUGUUGGACUCGUAUUCCAAACGCAAUAGAUGCGACCACCCCAAAAUGUUUCGAGCGACUGAGACCAAAGCAGCGACUCUGUGGCUAGCGGGAAACGUGGAGGAGGCAUAUACGAUCAUGCGAUCAAGUCUCAAGAGACUCGACGAUAUCAAAAGAUCGAAAGAGCAUGACUCUAUCCGAUUCACACAUUUGUGGCAACUCGCAUGGUGUUUGAUGGAGAGAGACAUGCGUGAAGAGGUGGCCAUACUUUUGUCGGAUGUCGAGACAGCGUCCGUCAUGGAUGACUUCAACAACGCCCAAAAUAUGCUUGAGCUUCUUGCACGUGCCGGUUGUGUCGACCGAGCGAUGAGUCUCUAUCGGUGCUGGAACGAAAAGAAUAAGGCGAACAGCCUAUCAACAUUGGAUUGGAUGGCUUCUUGGGGCCUAAAUGAAAUUGUCGAGGCAAUGUUGGAUGCAGGUACAAGCAUUGAAUCACAAGAUGAGAUAAACGGAUAUACGGCAUUAUCUUUUGCGUCAGUCCAUGGAAAUACGUCUCUGGUUCAACUUUUGGUGGAAAGAGGAGCAAGUACCCACCAUGUCGACCGGGAUGGACAUACAGCCAUGGAGCUCGCCUUGAUGCAAGGGCAUGUCGACGUUGUCAAGGUCUUUGUGGAAAGAGGGGCAAGCAUUCCCUUUCAGCAUCCAGAAAUCUGGUUCAUCAAGGGAGCGGUCGAUUCAGGAUAUGCCCCGAUGGUUCAGUACUUGGUGGACCAAGGCGCCAAUGUGUGUGAGCGGGGCCGCCACCAGGAAACGCUGCUCAUGCGUGCCUCGGCGUUUGGGCGUGUCGACAUUGUCAAGAUUUUGUUGGGGGCAGGGGCGGAAAUCAGUCGCAGGGACGACAGAUACGUGACUGCCCUCCAGUACGCUAUUCGUCAUAGACACGAUUCAUGCACCCAGCUUCUCCGGCACCGUGAGGCGUCGCUGAAGCGCCAGACCUCAAAAAGAUGCAAAAGACACAGAAUUUACAAAAUACCCGGUUGGCAUAAGCGCUGGGUGCCCAACAGAAGAUACAGGUGA